GGCAGGAGGAGCGAGCGAGGCACCGGCCCCGCCACCGGAGCCCCGCUCGGCGCUUUUGGGGUUUUUCCGGCUGUUUUAGGGUAUUUUUCAGGGGUUGUUUUUUUUUUACCCCCGCUCCCUCUCGGCUGUCCCCGGGCCGCCGCCGCUCGGGGCCCCCCCGGUACCACCGGGCAUGGAGGGGGCGGCGGGAGCCCGGCCGGGAGGGCAGCGCUGACCGGAGCCGCGUCCCGGGGACCCCCGGCGGGGACCCCCCAUGAGCGGCUGAGCGGGGCCGGCGCCCCCCGCCCGUCCAUGGGCGCGCUGGAGCCGGGCACCGGAGCCCCCCGGGCCGCCGCCCCCAUGCUCGGCGCCGCCGCCAGCUUCGCCAAGGAACCCCCGGGCCCCCGGGACGCCGCCGCCGCCGCUUUCUUCGGUGAUGGAGGGGGACCGGAACCGGGAGCCCCCCCGCUCCCUUACGGCGCUCCCGGCGGCUUCGGCGGCCGGUUCCUGGGGCCGUGCCCGCCCUACCGGGCGCCGCCGCCUCCCGCCGCGCCCGUGGAAGGCUACGCGGGCACCGAGGGCGGUUUCGGCGGCGGGGGGGGCCCGCUGUGCCCCCCGCUCUGUGCCCUGCCCGGGUACCGGGCCGCCGGGAAGCUGCAGGUGAUGCUCAACAAUUACCCGCUGUGGGCCAAGUUCCACAAGCACCAGACCGAGAUGAUCAUCACCAAACAGGGCAGGCGAAUGUUCCCCUUCCUCAGCUUCAGCCUGUCGGGGCUGAACCCCGCGGCGCACUACAGCGUCAGCGUGGACGUGGUUCUGGUGGACCAGCACCACUGGCGCUACCAGGGCGGCAAGUGGGUGCAGUGCGGGAAAGCCGAGGGCAGCAUGCCAGGGAACCGCCUGUACCUGCACCCCGACUCGCCCAACACGGGCGCGCACUGGAUGCGCCAGGAGGUUUCCUUCGGGAAGCUGAAGCUCACCAACAACAAGGGAGCCUCCAACAACGUCGGCCAGAUGAUCGUGCUGCAGUCGCUGCACAAGUACCAGCCGCGGCUGCACGUCACCGAGGUGAAGGAGGGCGAGGGGGAGGACGGCUACCCCUCCCCGCACACCCACACCUUCGCCUUCCCCGAGACGCAGUUCAUCGCCGUCACCGCCUACCAGAACGCCGACAUUUCCAGAGCCUCCCCCUGGCUCCCCUCACCCGCCAGGCGCAGCCCCCCCAAACCCCACCGUGUGCCCCCCAGGAUGUACCCGGCCUCGGAGAGCGACCGCCUGACCCCGUCCCCGCCGGAGGCUCCGGGCUGCCAGCAGCUGCUGCCGCGCUUCCAGCCCUUCCUGCCCGAGCAGCUCCCGCUGCCCCCCGGCCGCUUCUUCGGGGGCGAGCGGGGGGCUGCGCUGCCCCUGCCCCCCAAAGACCCCCCGCCCUGGUUCUUCCCCCCGCAGCAGCCCCCCGGCCCCGGCGCGCUGGACUACGGCGGCUACGAGGGGGGCUACGGGGGGGGCAAGCUGGUGCCCUACGGGGUGAAACCCCUGGCGCUGCCCCCCGCCCCGCACCCGCCCCUGCCCUACUACCCCGAGGGGCCGGGGGGCUUCGGGGUGCCGGGGGGCUGGAGCCCCGGGCAGUACGGCGCCGCGGCUCUGGGCUGGUACCGGGAGCCCCGCGAGGAGAAGGGCAAGGAGAUGGAGGGCUGGGCCAGCGAGCCCCCCGCCGCCGCGGCCUCCGGGGACUCGUCGGACUCGGGGCUGCACGAGUGCAAGCGGCGGAGAGUGUCGCCGUACCCCGAGAGCACCGAGAGCUUCCCCGCCCCGCAACGGCGACGGCUACGACCGGGAGCCGCUCCCCGACGGGGGCUACUACGGCUACUACGGCAACUGAGCCACGGCGGGGGGCGAGCGGGGCGCCAGAGCCCCCCCAACCCGGGUGGGAAAGGGUCCUGUGUGCCCCCCACCCCCAAAUCCUGGGACGGCUGGAGCAGAGGGGGGGGCUCAGCGCGACAAUCAGCCCCCGGUGCCACCCCGGUGGGGCCGCGGGGGCGAGCGGGGUGGGACGGGCGGGGGGAAAGGGGGUGAGGGUUUUUUUUUUGGUGUCGGUGGUUUUUAAGGGAGGGGGGUUAACGCUGAAGUAUUUAUUGAGCCCCCCCCCCGUGCCCG